UUCAUACCAAGUACGCGUUUGACGUCAGAGAUUUGCUGUGCAAAAAUCAGCUGGUACACUGUAACAGCAGUCUAAGGGAAGCUCCGUGCGCUGCAGUGUUUCGCAGCUGCAGUGAAGUUAAUGUAAAUGACGGAUUGUAGUAAGGGUAGAAUUAUCAUGAAGUAGGUCAUGACCGCGACAUAUGGAGGGUACGGGGACGUCUUCACUUCCUCAGGUGUGCUGUCAGUUGACUCGGGGACAUGCUUGAGGUGAAAGCAAGCGUGCCCGCCUGUUCUGUGGAAGCGUUUUACUUGUCACAUUUGUGUAGCAAUGGCUCUAGCAACAGAGCAAGGAACGUCAGUGGAAUUUAUUUUGAAGUCACUCUUAGCGGGAGGAGUGGCUGGUAUGUGCUCCAAGACCGCCGUUGCCCCUCUUGACAGAAUAAAAAUCCUGCUGCAGGCGCACAACAAACAUUACAAACAUCUGGGUGUGUUCUCGGGUCUUCGGCACAUCGUGAGGAAGGAGCGGUUCUUCGCUCUGUACAAAGGCAAUGGGGCGCAGAUGGUGCGGAUCUUCCCGUACGCUGCCACGCAGUUCACAGCUUUUGAGUUGUACAGCAAGGCGCUGACCUCGCUGCUGGGCCCCGGGCACCACGCGGCCAAGUUCGUGGCGGGGUCUUGCGCCGGGGUGACGGCCGUGGCACUCACCUACCCGCUGGACACGAUACGAGCGAGGCUCGCCUUCCAAGUGACUGGCGAGCACGUCUACACCGGCAUCUUGCACACCGCGCUCUCCAUCUUCAAGGAGGAAGGUGGCAUCAGAGCACUUUAUCGAGGAUUUGUACCAACAUUAUGUGGUAUGGUCCCUUAUGCUGGAUUCUCAUUCUACUGUUUUGAGAAGCUGAAAUACCUCUGCAUGAAAUACAUUCCUAAUGUAACUUGUCAACCGUGCCCUCGCAACACAGGUGGCCUUGUUUUGGCUGUGCCAGCAAAGCUCUUAUGUGGAGGUUUAGCUGGAGCUGUGGCACAGUCAGUGUCAUACCCACUGGAUGUAACAAGGCGUCGGAUGCAAUUAGCAAUGAUGAAUCCAGAUACACGGAAAUUUGGGAUGGGCAUGAGCAAGACACUUUUGCUCAUAUAUCGAGAAAACGGUAUACUCCGUGGCCUAUACCGUGGCAUGAGCAUUAACUAUAUGCGAGCCAUACCUAUGGUUGCUGUAUCGUUUGCAACAUAUGAGCUCAUGAAACAGACACUUGGGCUUGAUACUGGAUUGAAAUUGUAAACUGAUUUUUUCGAGAUGAUGUGGCGAACAUUGUCCAUUCCAUAAAUGUUGUUUGAUGGUUAACAGAGGUUAAUGCCAUACAAAUCUAUAAUUAUUUAUUAAAAUUAUUUUUGUGUCCAAGCAGUUUCCUUAUUUAUUCUUUAAAUCUGAAAUAGUUGUGAGAGCAUAGUAGUAAAUUCUUGGGAACAACACUUGACUGCAAAGAAGGGGUAAAAAUGCUUUGAUUGCAGUAUUUUCUGCAAGUUUCUAGAAUUUCUCAUUAGAAAUUAAAGACAGUACUAUUCCUUAAUUCUUUAUGGCAGUGAAUCAGUUUUUUAUUGUCAAUAUGUAAUAGAUUUCACAUUUACAUAGUUACCUUUAAUCAUGACAAUUGCAUAAUUUACUCCCAGGGAGCUACAUUUUGUGCUAAUACUUUUAAGGUAGGAACAAAAAGGCAAUGUGUCUUUUAUUAAUGUGUGAUAGGAUAAUGCAGCUUCAGUUGAAUAUAGAAUAAUUAGUUUUUUAUACUUUCUUGUUUCAGUACAGUUCUGUACAUGAGAUAAAGGAAAAGUAGAUUUUCUUCAACUUACAAUACUGCAGUGCCUCUAUGAAUGACAUGACAUACACUGUAAUUUUUGUUUUAUGAUUGGAGUAGAACAAGUUAUUUACAGAAAACCUUGGCACUCUACUCAUCAUGUCAGUAUUAUUCCUGUUAUAGUUCUUUGUUUUAAAUGGUACUGUGAAUUGUAUGACUUGUAUACCAAAGAUUGUUUGUGAAGGUAAAGGAUGGGAGGUUACAGAAAAUGAUUUCUUUCCUAUGUAUGUAAGGCCAUUACUUAAUUAUAUUUUAAUGUCAUGUAUUUUUGAAAUGUUUAUUUUUACAAAGGAUAUUAAGUAAAAUGUGUUACUUUUCCUUUGUACACUAGAGUAUGUGACAUCUAUUUUCAGAAGGUGAAAGAAUAAUAUUUUAUAUAUGAAGA